AAGAAUCGAGUCAGUUGGACUUCGGGCACGGAAAGUUGACUACGUAUUUCUACUGUCAGAGCACUAGUUAGUGGUCGCGUUAUCCAAUUUUUGUUCUUUGAAAAUCAUUUACAAAAAGGGAUUAAUUCCGAUUAGUGGCACUUCUGUCGGUACUGUGAAACUGCACAACAGAAACUUUGGCAGGUUUUUGUUUCUUCUGAGCAACCAUUCAGAAGUUAUUCUCCUGCUAGUGGCAAUUUUAUCGCAGUGAAUUCAAAGCUGCUGGAUGAUUUUUCCGUUCUCUUUUGGUUUACAACAUCCGUGAGUCUGUGUGAGUGCUAGUAUUGCCGAAGAGGAUAAAGACUGCUGGAUGCGGUUGUCACUUUUCUGAUUACCAACACCGAAGUGUUUCUGUUUUCGAUCGCCGUGUGUGACAAGUGUUAUGACAGUUUGGGUCUUUAGUGUGUGCGUGUGUUGGUGUUUCCUUGUCGCAGAAAUAGCACCAGAGCAGCUAAGCAAGGGGUCAUAAAGGCGCAGUGAAAUAAAGCAGAAUCAAAUCGCUCUCACAGAUGUGGAAGGAAAAUGUCGUCUUGUUUUGAAAAGUGAUUCCAUCGUCUGCUGUGAAGAAAGUGUUCGAAAUAAGAUCGUGCAUUUCUACGGGAUACGUGAAUUCUGUUUGUUUUAUUUUUUGUUUGUUUGUUUUUCUCUCUCGGCAAGCGGUUGCUCUGUGUGAAUGAAAAGUUUCGCUCGCUGGGAAACAGAUCCGUUCAAUCCGGUCGGUUCGAUCUGUGCCGAGGAGGAACAGUCGCGAAGUCACACAGCGAAAUCGCAAAAGUGGAAGGAGUUCUGAUAUCGAUUUGUCGCGUGUGUAGGCAGUUCUGGUAUACUGGGCAGCAGCAGCGGGGUAGAGUGUACCAGUUUUCAAAAUUUCCCGUGUUCUGUACGCCGCCGAGUUCCGGUCCGGGAAGCCUGGAACUCCGAUCCAACUCGAAACCAUAGGAUCGCUUGAGGAAAAAAACAACGUCAUUACGGAGACCAACGGAACGGCGAACGUCGUCGACAGUAUGGUGAAACGCACUGACGGCACCGAGUCUCCCAUAAUAACGGAGAGCGACGCUGACACAGACAAACCCCGCGUCAAAUAUGGCGAAUUAGUGAUAUUAGGAUAUAAUGGCUUUCUACCACAGGGCGACCGUGGCCGGCGUCGGUCGAAAUUUGUGCUAUACAAACGAACCGAAUCGAAUGGCGUCAAGCGGUCCAAACACUACAUCGUACAAUCACCUCAGACUUCACAGGCAAUACUCGACGCGAGGCAGCAUUCGAUAUCGUACACACUGUCUCGGAAUCAGGCCGUUAUAGUCGAGUACAAAGAGGACCCCGACACGGAUAUGUUUCAGGUCGGUCGUUCGUCAGAGUCACCCAUAGAUUUCGUCGUGAUGGAUACCCUACCAGGCGACAAGAAAGACGCUAAAGUUCUGCAGAGCACCAUAUCGAGAUUUGCCUGUCGAAUUCUGGUGGACCGAAGCGACGGACCAAAGGCGAGAAUAUAUGCAGCGGGAUUUGAUUCGAGCAGAAAUAUUUUCCUAGGGGAAAAGGCAACCAAGUGGCAAGACAACGUAGAAAUCGAUGGUCUCACAACGAACGGCGUGCUGAUCAUGCACCCGAAGGGACAGUUCUGCGGUGGUACGGCCGAGUGCGGUCUGUGGCGGGAGACGUCCGUCGGCGGGGACGUGUUUAGUCUACGAGAGUGUCGAUCAGCGCAACAGAAGGGACAACCAGUGUACGAGGAAACCAACGUCCUGCAGGAUGGAACCCUAAUCGAUCUGUGCGGAGCGACGUUGCUGUGGCGAUCGGCCGAGGGACUGCGACAUUCGCCGACUAAGAAAGAUCUAGAAAAACUGGUGGAUGAAAUCAAUGCCGGCCGCCCGCAGUGUCCAGUGGGCCUCAAUACUUUAGUGAUUCCUAGAAAAGUGUCAUUGGGUGAACACGUCAACCAGCCUUAUGUGUAUUUGAAUUGUGGCCAUGUACAAGGUCAGCACGGCUGGGGCCAGGAUAAGGCCUCGAAUGCGCGUCGAUGUCCGAUGUGCUUGGAGCUGGGUCCGGUGGUGACACUCUGCAUGGGCGUAGAGAACGCAUUUUACGUCGAUUCUGGACCGCCAACCUAUUGCUUCAAUCCGUGCGGUCACAUGGCAACGGAGAAGACAGUCAAAUAUUGGGCAAACGUGGACAUACCCCAUGGCACCAACGGGUUCCAAGCGGUGUGCCCAUUCUGUGCCACCCCUCUGCAAGGAUCUCCGGGCUACAUCAAACUUAUAUUCCAAGAUAAUCUAGAUUAACCUGUUUCCUACGUCGAAGGUUUGUCGUCGCUCCCUGACCAGUCUUUGCUUCUAAAACAAAACCGAUAUAUAAAUAAGCAGAAAUCAACUGAUUCACGUAUAGUUUGUAGCAUGUAAUUGUUAGUAUAUUUUUAUUCUUAUUAUUUUUAACUUAAUUAUGAAAAAAAGUAAACAAAAAAUAAGAAAAAAAUCAGAACAACACAAUUGUUUUUGAAGCUACAUGCCUUCGUUUGGAAGCAACCCACGAUGGUCGUUGCACACGCUUUUAUAUGCGAAUCAAUCGUUGCGAUUAGUCAUCAUGCGGCGAGAGGUGUGUGAGAACCUUUCCAAAGUUGAUCGAUGUUUUUGGAAAUUUGCGACAAACAUAAAAUAAUACAGAAAAAAAACAGCAAGGUUAAUCUUAUUCUUCGCUAUAGGAAUUGACGGAAUGCAUGCAAUUGUUUCUUUAGCUCUAAAAAAAUCGAAGCGUAAAAGCCUCUAGCGACAAACGUUGAUCGUUCGUUGGUUGAAAUGAACUUAGAAGCUGUAAUGUUACGUUCGAUCGUAACACAUGGUAGGCAAUCAGUUUUAGUUUUGAUUAUCAGAAGAAAGUGCAUUUCUACCAGUUGCGUUGCAUGGGAGUUCUCUAUAACGAAUUUUCCUUUUUGUUUUUUCUCUUUUGGCAAUGUAUUACUCUCUAGGCGAAGUUUGUUUUUCGUUCGAUUUCAUGCGUUUUCAUUAUACGAGAAACGAUUUUUUACUAGAGUUUAGAAGGAUUGUCUACGUUUAAGACGCAUCUUAUUUAAAUUUAUAUUUUGUAAAAAGUGUAUUAAGUAUAUGAAGUCUUAGCAAAAAGCGUGUGUGUGAUGUAAGAAAAA